GCUUUUCCCCUAACAAAUGCCGAGAAAACAACGCGUUGUCACUACACCGUCACCACCGACUUCAGAUGAAGAUGAGGAUAUGGAUUUUGGCUCGACGAGCCAGCAACAGCAGCAGCAGCCGACACGGAAUAAUGAUGGAUUGAGUGGCUUCAAAAGUAUCACGGAAAUCAUCGCCGAAGCUGACAAUAAUAUUCCAUCCGAACAAAUCGAUAAGGAUAUCGACAGUUUCUCUUCAUAUUCGGAUAUUUCUGAUUGGAGAGGAAUUCCAAAGUUCUUUCCAUCGUUGAGCUCACUUUCACGGCGAGCUUCUACUUAUGAGAAUUGGGAAAAUCGAUUCAAAGUCGUCGAUUAUCUCGUUUCUUGUUCCGGAGCUCUAAAAGACUCUGUAAGCGACUACGUGGCCGAUUAUUUCGAAAAAAAUGAAUCUGGAGAAGAUCAUAGUGUCGAUGUGGAAUUGGUGCAUGCAGUCAGUAUGUUUGUAAUUCUUACUCAACGAUUGACUGUUCAACUUCAAUUAUACGUAUCAAAAUCGAUAGCAUCAGCCAAUCAACAGGCGAAACGUGGUACUGGAAGAGGUGGUCGUCAAGUUGAUUUAGAUGAUGAUAUUGUCAAGUGGAAGGAUAUUCAGAGACAUCGGAUGAUCAACUGCCUGCUGGAAUUACUUGAACUUCGUGUCGACACCGUUGCCGGAACCAAGAAAAAGGCGAUUCAAUACGUUUUUGCGCCGGAUGUCAUGGAAAAGGACUUUUUGCUUCGCUUCCUUGACACAGUUGUCCAAUUGCUUGAAGAUCCCGAGAAUAUGGCUCGUUCCAGUCAACAAUGGAUUUCUCAUUAUUUCAGAAUUCUGAAAGUACUUUCUGCGGACUAUGGAAUGACUAAAGACGUCGCCAAUUGUCUAUUCACAGCACUUUCUCAUUCAUAUUUGGAAGCUGCUAAUACUUUUCCGUUUAUUGAACCAUUGGUCACUUUGAUGAAAGAGAAUGGAGAAGGAUCUGGCAGAAUUUAUCAACCCCUUCGAAACGUGCUUCAACUAGUAAUCUGCCGUGUCGGAAAUCUGUACGCAGGCGAACGAGCCGAAAAGCCACCACCAAAAGCAUUCUGUAUGAUGGUUCAAUCACUUGCAAUAAAUGUUCACGAUUUAAUGCUUCAAGAUAUAACACACGUCUACAGACUUCUCCAAAAUCAACAUGUAAAUGUUCGAAUGUCAACUCUUCACGCAUUAGCUGACAUGUUUUCAUCGUCAUAUCUUUCCCAAUCCCUCUGUGAUACAUUUGCCAGCCGCCGUCUUAAACGAGAGGGAAUUUUCAAACGACUUCUCGCACAUACUAAUGAUGAGGCAACAAAUGUCCGAUCGAAGGCUGUUUCUCUUCUCAGAAAUAUUAUGGAAAAUCGCCGGAUUCCAGAAGAAUUUGAGAGUUGUGGAUUAUUGUCAAUUGUCGGAAGUCGGCUUAAUGAUAAGUCGGUUCAAGUACGAAAAUCGGCCAUUCAGUUUUUGACCACUUUUUUGGAUAAUAAUCGACAUGGACAUGAUUUCAAUCGUGAAAUGCACCAGCUGAAAUUGAACGCGAAAUGCUCGGAGCUUCGAAACGCCGAAGAACCCCAAUCGAAAGCGAUUCAAGGCGCCGAAAAUGCGUUCAGGCAGAAUUUAUUCACAUUGACAGCCGGCGUUCGUGUUGAGGUUUACGAUAUUUUCCGUCGAAGAUAUCGCGUCGAACCAGAAAGAUCAAUCACCGAUAUCUUGACGGGCCUCUUUUCGCCGGGUUCUGGAAAUCGUCUGGUACGGUACUACGUGGCACAGGAGAAUUUCCCAUUCCGUGACCGUAUUCCAAGCCUCCGCGAGCGCCGUAGCGACGAUAUGGAAGACGACGAUGAUGAUACGGUAUCUCUGGAGGAUGAUGAUAUGACGUCACUUGUUAGCGAAGUUGUUAAAUGGGUUGUUGCACAGGCCGAGGAGGAUUAUGUCACUUUUAAGGUUCAACUAACCCAAAUGGACGAUGAUCAACUAUUGGAAAAUGAGCAAGAAGCACGAGACCGUAACAAUCAAAUAAUGCAGUUGAGAGCUCAAGUUCAACAAUUAAUCAAUAAAAUGAGCAUCGAGCAAGAGCUGAGUCGGUGUGUCACGAUAGCGUUACGAUGUGUUCUGAACGGAGAGACUGCAGAGAUUAAAGAGGGAAUCCGAUUCUUGACGAGAUGCAAGUUAUUCGAGAUCACAGGAGCAGAUGAUGCGAUUCGAUCGAUGUGCUCGUUGGUUUGGAGGCCAUCCGCUGAUAUUUUAAAUGAAUUAAUUGAAGCUGCCGAGGAUAUGUUUAUUAGUCGAUUGGAUGGAAAUGAAAAAGCAUCGGAAAGAGAUUCAUCAACAGUUGAGAAUCUAAUGAAAGCAAUGAACGGAGUUACAGAAAAAGAUCGUCCAUCUGUUGAAGAAGUUAUUUAUCUUUUAGCAGCCACUGAACUUGUACAUGUUGAUAGUGAUAAGAACAAAGUUCCACGUAAAAGACGUCCCAUCGAAGCAAAUGUGAUCAAUAAGCUAUGGAUGAUUGCACUCGACAUGUCGCAUGGCAUCAAUUCCCGGAAAAUCGAUGCUUUACGAAUACUCUAUCCAAUUUCUAGAAGUGAACGAGGAAUCGCUGAGGCGAGAUCUCGACUUCGUGUAGUUCAGAAGAAGCUGAUGGAUCCAGAGUUGGCUGUUGAUGCGUUGAGGAUUAUUUCGAUUCUAGGCACGCCGACAAAGUUGGAAAAUGAACAGGAUGCGUAUAGCAGGCCUUUGUUCAAGAUUCAUCAGGAUGAUUCGUUGUGGAAAUCCAUUGAGAAAUUGUUCUUUUAUGAAAUAAUGAAAGCAGACGAUAAUCCUGAUCGUGACUGGUUCGGAGUAAUUCGACUAACAAUCACAACUAUUCUAAGUCUCUCAAUGGACGUCAAUGUGAUGCUUCCAAAGCUCGCCUCGCAUUUUGUAUACCGAACGAAGAGAAUCAGUGAUUUCUUUCUGUUCUAUUGCGAUCAAGUUGAUGAUGCUACAGAUGAUACCAGAAAGAAGAUGGCUCAACGUCGAAGAGAAUAUUGGGCAUUGACUUAUUGUAGAGUAAUGGAAAAAUUAAUGGCAUUUAUUGGUGAAGUGGCUGUUCAGUUGAAUGCUUAUAUUCAAGUAACAAUCCCAAAACUUCAUACAAGAUAUGUAUCGAAAAUGGUUGACGCCGAGAAAAACGAUGCGAAUAUUCGUGAAGAACCCGUCAGAUUCCUAAGUGAUCUUGAGAAAUCGGUUGCUCAACGGAAAACAAUAUUCACAGUACCACAAGACACUACACCAGGUGCCACAUCCAAUGAUCUACACCAUCUUGUGUCUGUCAUGUGUGACAAACGGCUUUUCGUACCGAAUAAGCUUAUGGGGCGGCUUCUACCGAUUGUCGUUUACGGGAUGAGGUGUAAGAUAAUGCCUACGAGGAUUAGGCAUGCCGCGACGGUAGCCUAUGGAAAGAUGAUGCCAUUGAGCGCCGAAAUCUCUGCAUUCGCAGCUCCAUCGUUCUUCUCUGCAAUGACAAAAUCUUCUUCAAUUCUGCUUCGUUGCAAUUUAGUCGCUGCUUGCUGUGAUUUUGCAUUUGCCCAGCCGACACUCUUCGAGCUUUUCGCUCAGAGUCUUUUCAGAAUGUCUCAAGACGAAUCACCAUUGGCUCGUGAAUCGACAAUACUCGUCUUAUCACAUUUAAUGUCGAAUGAUAUGAUUCAAACGCGUGGAGUCCUCUCGGAGGCGGCUCGUUGUAUUUGUGAUCCGACUCGAGCCGUCCGUGACGUUGCACAAUCAUUCUUCAAAGAGCUCAACUCGAGAACUGAUACCAUUAUACAGUUGCUCCCCGAGUUCUUGUAUCAUUUGUCGAAUGGAAAUGAGCGAAUGUCUUUCAAGUCGUAUAAGACUGUUUUUGAAUUCCUAAUCCAAUUGCUAAAGGAUAAGCCAAAAGCGAGCGCUGAUUCGAUGAUUGAUCGAGUUUGUAUCAAAUUCUCGAAUACUGACAUGAACGACUCGGAAACACCGAAAUAUUUGCUUGUGGCUCUCGCCAAAUUUGUGCAAAAUGAUGGAGGCCUUCAUAGGCUUCAAGACAACUGGCGUCACUGGAGCAAGUUUAUGUGUCAUCCGAGUGUUGCAAAAGAGUAUCGAAUGAUGGUUGAACAUAUGCAUUCAACGUCGAAAAAUGAUGAAUUCAAAAGUCAAUGUGUUGAAUUGAUUGAUAAUAUCAAUAAAAUUGAAUCAGAAGGAUUGAGAAAAGAGGAUGUUGCUAUUGGAUCUUCAAUCACCAAGAACAAAGGCCGCGCGAAGAAGAAUCCCACCACCAUGUCAGGAUCAUCCCGAACAACAUCCCGAGCAGCCAACUCAAGACGCAGAGCUCCUCCACCAGCACAAUCCGAUGAAGAUGAUUCGGAUUCCGACGAUGCUCCGGCGGCACCUCGAUCUGCUGCACGACGAAAAGCUAAAAAAUCAGCGGUGGCUGAUGAUGAUUCGGAUUCCGACGAAUUUAUGCUCGAUGAUUAAAUUAUUUUUUUCUGAUUUUUUAAUUCUGUACCAUCGUCUUUUAUUACUAUUUAUUCAUUUAUUUUCUUUUCCCGUAAUUUAUUUAUUUAUUUUUGUUUUUUUGAUACUCAAAAUGCCCAAGAUUUUCAAAAAAAAUUUCCCCCCCCCCC